UUUUCAUUUUGAAAAAUUUGCCAAACUCGCCUCUCCCUCAAACAACAAAGCGCUCUCUCUCACUUUCUCUCUGUCCCCUUUUAUCUUCUGCUGAGAGACCCUUCAUCACCGUCAAACCGUAUCAAGAAAACCCCAUUUCUUCCAGAGUCAGUUGAAACUAUGCAAUGGCAGAUUCAAGAGACAGAAUCACGAGAGCCGUUGAUAUAGCAGAAGUCUUCGCUCGAAGACGGUCUGGACCUUUGGGGAUUCUCUCCGAUGAAGCACAGGAGUUGUUAGCCUCCCCUGUUCAACGACCGGUCACUCGUAGGCCAACGGGUGUUGCUGUAACUACUUCUACGUCGCGUGGUGGAGGGCUCCGCAGGGGUAGCAGUUUUGACCCAAGAUCCGGAAUUAGAAUUGGCCGUAAUCUGUACCGAUCGCCGGCUCCUGGAAGAGAGAAUGCUCUGGUGAGCAUGGGGCGUGGACGGGGUCGACUUACGGGCAGUGUGUUACCUUCUUGGUACCCUAGAACUCCUCUCCGUGAUAUUACUGCUGUUGUAAGGGCCAUUGAAAGGAGGAGAGCUCGUUUAGGAGAAGGCGAAGGCCAAAUACUUGAGAGCCCAAUGUCUCAAGACGAGAGGGUUCUUAAUUCAAAUAUAUCAUCAGGUGUUCAACUCGAGCACAAUUUCUCCACUCCAGCUUCAACUGCCAGAAUGAAGCCUUGCCCUCAAUCAGUCCGUAAUGUGUCAAAGAUUUUGCUUAAUGUCACGAAUCAGAAUGGUGAGGAAUCAGAGAUUCUUACACCCCAAAAGAAACUCUUGAACUCAAUUGAUACUGUAGAGAAAGCUGUGUUGGAGGAAUUACAGAAAAUGAAGAGGACUCCCAGUGCCAAGAAAGCAGAAAGACAAAUGAAAGUCCGCACACUGAUGUCAAUGCGUUGAUGUUUAGUGCAUUAUGCAACCACAAGGAUUGGGAAGACAGCAUCAGUUAGAACAACUGGGAGGCUAGAGAUUGAAAGCCACCUUGCAGCGGGAAGCUGGCUAAUCAUCCUCUGAUGAUAUGUUCACGUUGUUGAACUCGAACACCAGAUAGCAUAGAUACUUUCUAUCUUCUUUUACAGUUUGACAUAUUACUAAAUGACUCACUAUAGGAUCAUUGCCAAUUUUCCUUCAAUCCUCGCUGAAGGCCCUGGUAGAAGAUUGGUAAGCAAUCUUGUUUUUCUCUCCUUCAUUUUUUGAAGGGACCAGUGUAGGAAUAGAAGGAUUUGUUUCAAAAUCAUGUAGAUAUACAACUUGUUUGGACAUGCUUCACAUUUUUUCUUGGCUCUAUGUUCAUGUUACCAUCACCAUGUACUGAUCAAGUAUCAUAAGAAUGGAUUUUAAC